AUGACACUGCUCAGUAACUUGAAUGUCCAUCGUGGCGAUAAUCUCCUCUUGUUUGAUGGAGUGCUUAGCGACGAGGCCGGAGAGAGUCACUAUGUGGAGGGUGUUGCGUUCUCCCUCCUUUCGGUUGGGAACUAUGAGAACAAGGAGUCCCAUGACGUCUCAGGCAAUAUCUGGAUUCAGACACCCGGCGCAAGAGAUAACAAUACCUGGUACGAGUUGAAGAAUCCGUCCGACGAGUAUACCGAGUAUUGGGAAGCAUUUGUUUGGUUAGCAAACUUGUCCAAGCAUGUCAUAGACUUCAUGGUUGAAAAGGAAGAUGUUGUUUUGCUAGAUUUCAAAUCCGACUUCAUCGACUGGCUUAAGGUCCAUCACUCGGAAUCUGGUGCCUUUCAAAAGUGGCAUGCAAAGUACGGCAAGGAUGAUUUUCGCCAGGCCAUAGCUGCUCAUCGCGACUGGUUAUGGAAUCAAGUCUUCAACGGCUCUACUGGUUUGAAUAAAUGCAAGCUCUGGGAAGAGGUCAGAUAUCUUAGCGCCAUCGAUCCCGUUCCAGGAACAGUGGAGAGGAAAACAGUAGUUACUCCUUGGGUCCAUGAGUGUUUCGACCAUAUGUUCGGUGAGAAUUUGAAGAAAGUUGUUCCCCCGCCGAAAGAUAUUGGAGCAACACUGGAGGCCGUCGCUAUCCCUAUCGCUAGUCGUAUGAAGCGCGACAGGACAGGAAAUAUCCUGCGCACGAAGGUCACCUCUGUUGAGCCAGGUACUGUCGUAGCGCUUGGACGGGAGGGGACUGAGUGGAGCAAGAAGAUUAUGGUCUGGUAUGCCUACGUGCACAGCAUUGAUACUGAUCGGGGCGAUAACAAGCCUGAUCUGGGACCGGAAUUGAAAGUCAUAUGGCUGUACGCACAUGAAGAUACCAUUCUUGCGAAGGGAAAAUAUCCACACCACAAUGAGUUGUUUUUUAGUGAUCAUUGCAAUUGCAACGAGAAACCAAUACAUCUCAGUGACUUGAUAGGAAUUGUCCCUGUAGACUUCAUGGUCGGCCCCGGUGAGUCCGGGAAAGAGUUCUUCAUUCGCCAAAAGUACCGCACUUCAGAUCCUGCGUUUAUUACUCUGACGAAGGCCGACUUGAUAUCGUGCGCCUGCGGUCCAGGAAUCACUUGCUACGAAGAAGUCAGCUUAAACUUCGAAGUUGGUGAUACCGUCCUGCUUGGAAGCAAGAAGCAGGAUCGCGAUUCACUAGACCCCGUCAUGAUCCAUGCGUUCAAUAGUAAGGAAGGGAUGAUUGCUAUCCGCGUCUUUGAGAGGAAAAGCCGGUACGACCCGAAAGCUAAGCCGAAUGAGGUUUUGUGGACUCCGGCCGUAAAGCCCGUGGGGCCAGAGUUUAUCUAUAGGCGUUGUCACGUCCGAUUUGUCUCCGAGGCAGAUGUUCAAGCCGGGAAGAUUCCGGUGCCGUACGGCCGUGAUGGAACUGGCGACUGUUUCAUCAUGAGUGCAUUCAUAGAUACAGAUCGCAAGAUCAAGCCGUACACCCGCGAUAGUUUCCCAGAAUCCCUUCGGGAGGGAUAUUGUAUCAACUCUCCGUUGCCCAAUGAUAAACCACGCAUGAAAGGCAUGGAUCUCUUCUGUGGGGGGGGUAGCUUUGGAAGAGGUCUUGAAGAGGGUGGUGUCAUUGACAUGAAGUGGGCCGUUGAUAUUGAUGUUCCGGCGAUAGCCACAUAUCGGGCGAACCUCCGUAACCAAGACACUGCUUUGUAUUUGGGAAGUGUGAACAACUACAUGGAGGAUGCGAUUCGUGGCAAGUAUAGUCAUCUGGUUGCUCAUCCUGACGAGGUCGACUUUAUCAGCGCUGGCAGUCCUUGCCAAGGUUUCUCGAAUGCAAACCAACUUAAAAAUAACGAUACUGGUUUGAGGAAUUGCUCCCUCGUAGCCUCGGUGGCUACCGCUGUGGACGUCUUUCGUCCUAGGUACGCCUUGCUCGAGAAUGUGGGUGGACUUGCGAGCACAAGGAAACUUAGCACCGGGGUGGAAGUUAAUGUAUUUGCUCAGCUUGUCUGCUGUGUUGUCGGGAUGGGCUAUCAGACUCAGCAAUUCACUCUCGACAGCUGGUCUUUUGGGAGUGCCCAGUCCAGAACUAGACUUUUUUUAAGCAUUGCCGCCCCAGGAACGGGUCUGCCGCCGCGCCCAACUCGCAGUCACGACCACGGACCAUUUGUAAAAAAGAGAGGCCUCUUCACCGCCCCCAAUGGAGACAAGUUUGCCCAGAGAGAAAUCGAGGGACCCUGUCCAUACAGCCUUGUUACCUUUAAGAAUGGGAUGCGAGGCCUUCCAAACCUCGGCACUGGGCACGUCGGUGCAUGCAUCCCAUUCCCCGACCACCGCCACUCCCGCACAGAGAAUAAUCUAACCAGGACCUUGAUCUCCCACGUUCCAAAAUUCGGGCAGAAUAGAACCUGGAGGAAAGCGCUGGAUACAGGCGUGAUGCCAGUGCUCUUUGGCGAUAAAGUUACCAACAAAACUAAGCUUGUUCCUAAUUGCCGCUCUUGGUCCAGACUUGACGAAGAUGGCCUUUGCCGUACUGUGACUACUCAGUUGACCCCCCAAUGCGCCUUUACGGGUACCUGGGUUCACCCGAUGGAGGAUCGCCUCAUAACAGUCAUGGAAGCCCGCCGUGCGCAAUCAUUCCCGGAUGAUGAGGUCCUCCUCGGGAAUAAUGCACAGGCAUUCAAAAUCGUCGGAAACAGCGUUGCCAGAUCUGUUGCUCUCGCCUGGGGGGUUUCUAUGCGUUAUGCUUAUCUAGAGCAGCAUAAUAUCCUCAGAAGAUAAACAUUGUAAGUAUAUAUGCCUUGAAUGUCUCGCGUGUUUCCGAUCAAUUGGAGUGCCGAACUAACAUGUCUGCCAUAUAGUUUUCCCUUUCUCAUCGAAUGCCUUGUCUUCUCGUUUUAUCUUAGUGCCUCUAUUUCAUACCGGAGUUCUAGCAUAGGUUUGGCGCUGGUUAAAAGCAUGUGUUCGUUCUUUUGUAUUAGUAGCUUGCCUAUACUCUUUUUCCUUGUCCCUUCUCUCUAACCUUUUUAAACUUCUGUUCCCUCGAUUUCUUUUGUUCGACUUGACCGUCGAUCAUGUUGUAAUAGUGGUGAGGAUAGGAUGGGGAGUCAAGGGAUUCGGGGUUAAGGGGUGGGAUUGGGUCGACUAUGUUGGUAAUGAGGGAUGCAGGUGAAAAUGAC